GAAGCGGAGCGGGAAAAGGAGAGUGUUCGCCUGCCGUUGUUUUCACUAUGAGUGUGGCCGCAGGACUCUAGGAGGGGACAAGAAGAAGCUGCUGCCUGCGGGCGAUCACCUCCUCUGGGCUUUACUGGCAUGCUUCCGUCUCUUUUGCUCUGUAUUAUUUAUCGUAUUAUUUCAUGACAUUUUUCUAGAAAAUGAUAGGAUUUCUCUGGUCCAGAGUCUGCGGUAUAGAUAGCCCUGUUCGUCUCAGGCGGGCAGAAUGCACACGGAGGGUGCUGAGCCUGGAGCUGAAUAAAGACCGAGAUGUUGAACGAAUGCAUGAAAAUGGAAUUAACACUCUUGACAUAGAAGCAGUGGAAGGGCGAUAUAUGCUGUCCGGGGGCGCGGAUGGGAUCAUUGUUCUUUAUGACCUUGAAAGUUUGAGUCAGACGCCCUCUUACACAUGCAGAGCGGUUGGUAAAGUGGGCAAAGGCCAUCCCGAUGUCCACAAGUUUAGUGUAGAGACGGUCCAGUGGUACUCGCAUGACACUGGCAUGUUUUCAUCAAGUUCAUUUGACAAGACUCUGAAAAUCUGGGACACCAAUUCCUUACAACUGGCAGAGGUCUUUCAGUUCGAUGGGAAUGUUUAUAGCCACCACAUGUCUCCAGUGGCAACGAAGCAUAGCUUAAUAGCCGUUGGGACAAAAAACCCUAAAGUGCAGCUCUGUGACUUGAAAUCUGGCUCCAGUACACAUAUAUUACAGGGUCAUAGAGGGGAAGUCCUCUCUGUCUGCUGGUCUCCAAGAUAUGACUAUAUCUUGGCUACUGCAAGUGCCGACAGCCGGGUGAAACUGUGGGAUGUCCGCAAAGCAUCUGGCUGCCUGAUAACGUUGGACCAGCACAAUGGUGAAAAGUCCAAAUCUUCAUCAGAAGCUACAAACACUGCCCACAAUGGAAGAGUGAAUGGGUUGUGCUUUACAAGUGACGGGCUGCAUCUUCUGACCCUUGGCACAGAUGACAGGAUGCGUCUGUGGAACAGCGCCACAGGGGAAAACACUCUGGUCAAUUAUGGCAAAGUUUCAAAUGACAGUAGAAAAGGUGUCAAGUUUACCGUUUCAGUGGGCUGUAGCCCAGAGUUUGUCUUUGUACCAUAUGACAGUACAAUUGGUUUGUAUACCAUCCAUUCUGGUCAAAAGAUAAGUGUACUGAGGGGGCAUUAUAAUGACGUGAACUGUUGUGUGUUUCAGCCUCACUUCCAGGAGCUUUACAGUGGCAGCAAAGACUGCAAUGUUCUAGCAUGGAUUCCUGCAGUACGGGAACCUCUUCCUGAUGAUGACAGUGAAAAUCCAAGGUCACAGGUACAUCUUCAUCCUGCAUUUCAAGAUACCUGGAGCAGCAGUGAUGAGGAUGGGUGAACAAAUGUUUCUAAUAAAAUAAAAGAUGCAAAAAGAACUAAUGUAUUUGUGAUGUAAUCAGUGAAAAAUAUUAAAGUGGUCCUCCCGGCAUACUCUCCCACCCAGUCAGACAUGCAGCAUGAAGUGAUGCAAUUGCACGUUUUGAUGCCACAGUUGGUGAAGCAACCAUUCAGCACUCAACGAGUAUCUUGCAUGGGUCCUAUUUAUCAGGACGCUUAAUGUCACAACAGGCAGUAGCAGAGACUGCCUGAAAGGACAUUUUAGGGCGUGUGAGUCCAUUGGGUGUGAGCGUGAUCCUCUGCUCUGGACUUGC